CUCAUUGCGAUUGGCAAUACUGAAGCGUCCUUUUGCAAUUUGUAUUUUCAUGAUAUCUUCAUGUUGAAACUUAAACUUAUUGACUGUGACUGUGAAGUGUGUGAAGUAUAACAGAACGUUCUAUGAAUGGUUGUAAAAGAACUGGGUUUUUAGGUUUCCUAUUUUCCUACCAACUACUGAAGCCCAGCUGUUAUCAUUAGACUUACUAACAUUGAUUGUCGGAACAGUAUGGAGGCCAACUUGGAACAUAUCGAUGAACUUAAAAAAGAAAUAGCCGAUAAUACUCGGACAAUCAAACUUCAUUUGGAGUGUUACAUGAAAAAGGCUUUAGACGCGGUAAGAAGUAACAGAAAGGUUCGAGAUACACUUGCGUUUAGAAAAGAAUAUUACAAGGCUAAGAAAUUGGUGGAAAAACUAAACAGUUACACGAAUGAGCUACUGCUGGACAUAAAGCAAGCAAAUUUACUUGAAAUCGAGAUUAUUACUGUUCCAUUUCUACCUGAAAUCGAUGAUGGAUUGCAAAUGCAGUUUGAAAUGGUUUUUCUUGAUGGAUCAAGUCCAUGGCAUUUCUGGCUCGGUCACACUCAGAAAGACACCGCUACAAAGCUCAACAAUCUUCUGAAAGAAAGAUUGACCAACUUGCAGCAACUGGAUGAAAGUCCCAAACCUGGUGACUAUGUCUUAUGUAAGCAUAACGAUACGCUUGUAAGAGGUUUUGUCCAGAUAAUACACGCUGAAAGCAGGUAUCUCAUUCUAAAUAUCGACACAGGAACUCCCAUAAUGACUAGAUUGAAAAGGCUGUUCAAAAUGGAUGCGGAAAUAAGCUUGAUUCCUCAGCAAGCUCUUAAAUGCACCCUCAUCGAGGAUUCCAAGGAUUCUUCACUUUGGACCAACGAGUUGAAGGAGCUGUUUUUAAAUUCAAUAAGACCGUGCAAAUUAACUGUAAGGAUAAUCGGAUACAACGAGGAAUAUCCUCCUCAUUUUCAAGUAGAAUUGAAAGCCCAAAAUAUUGAAAAAGACACUGGAAAUACAGUAGAUGUAGGAAAGUGGGUAACAGAUCGAAUUAAUCCAGCAUUGAAAAGUGGUAGGAGCUUGAGUCCUGUGUUGGAUAUGUUUUCCAUUCAAGAUGACAAAGAAGAUAAUAGCAGUAAUCCACUAUCACAAAAAAGCCAGGCUUCGCCUACCAUAGAACCACCACAUAACAUCAGAGAAGUGGAAUCUAUAACAGGCGAGAACAGACUAGAACAGAGCCCAGAAAUAGUUGCCGUUUCAACUCCUCCAGCAACGAUGAUUAAAGCUCCAACCUCGGCCGCUAAUUCCGAUGAAUAUCCGAGAAGAGACGACGAUACUGUCAUUCAAACAACUAAUGUGAUGUCGGUUAAUAAUCUUGCUUUGCCAUUACUUCAAAAUAUGAAUCUUAUGAAUCUAAUGAAUCUAAUGACGGGCUACCCUUCAAGUCCCGUCCUUCCAAAUGGGAUGCCAUUCGUGGGGUAUCCUUUUAAUAUGAACUGUCUAUUUCCACCACCGCCAAACCAAGCAUCCGGCUAUAUAGCUGCAAAUCAGUCACUUAGAAGUGCGAUUUCGCGUUCAACUUAUGCCUUACCACCACCGCCAAACCAAGCAUUCGGCUAUACGGCUGCAAAUCAGUCACUUGUAAGUGCGAUUUCGCGUUCCACUACAGACUUACCACCACCGCCAAACCAUGUAUCUGGCUAUCCGGCUGCAAAUCAGUCACUUGGAAGUGAAAAUUCGCGUUCGACUUAUGCCUUACCACCACCCCCAAACCAAGCAUCCGGCUAUACAGCUGCAAAUCAGUCACUUGUUAGUGCAAAUUCACGUUCAACUUAUGCCUUACCACCACCGCCAAACCAAGCAUCCGGUUAUCCGGCUGCAAAUCAGUCACUUGGAAGUGCGAUUUCGCGUUCCACUACAGACUUACCACUACCGCCAAACCAAGCAUUCGGCUAUACGGCUGCAAAUCAGUCACUUGGAAGUGCGAUUUCGCGUUCGCCUUAUGCCUUACCACCACCGCCAAACCAUGUAUCUGGCUAUCCGGCUGCAAAUCAGUCACUUGGAAGUGCUAUUCCGCGUUCGACUACAGACUUCAAACCAAAUCAAGCUGUUGAACAAAAUCAAGUACUUUUCAAUUCCAAAUUGAAAACACCUGUAGUGCAUGUACGUCCAAAUGAAGAAUUGCGUGCAAUUUGCACAUAUGUUGUAUCGCCUCAUGAGUUCUAUGUUCAACUAGACAAUGAGAACAAUGCCAAAGUAGCUGUGCUGCAGGUAGAACUUGAAAGGUUUUAUUCAAAUUGCAACCCAGUGGAUUGGAGAAUGAACCCAAGAUCAAAGUAUUGCGCCUGCAAAUAUAUUUGGUGUGUGGAUCGUCCCAGCGUGGGUCACCCAGCUCCUCACACUACCUGGUAUAGAGGUGAAGUCAUCUAUUUGAGAGGCAAAGAAGCAUUUGUAUACCUCGUGGAUUUCGGUGUAAAAGUAUUCAGGAAGAUCGAAGAUUUACGAAAUUUGAAUGAGCACUUUUUUCUCCUCGACAAAAUGGCUAAACUGUGCCAUCUUCAAAACGUACCAAAGAUUGAGGAUAAGAUCGAUUCAGAAGAUGUUGCCAACUACUUGACAUCUCUUCUUAUAACCAAAGAACCACUGAAAAUGACUGUUGUCAACAAUUCCAAUAGGAAUUCGUUGGAGGUUGUUGUCAAAAUUCAUGAUGAAUCAAUAAACGACAAAAUAAUCAAAUAUAUAGGCAUGAAAGCCCUCUCCAGAGAACAAAAUAAGUGGAACCCCACGGCAAGCAACUACUUUGCUGAAACUAACAGACUGGACCAUUUUAAUGACAAAAAGUUGAUGGCAACCUCUGGAUGCAUUCCCAUGGACGAGAAGACAAUCUGUAGCUUUUACAGAGAGACUGGUCGUUGUCCGAAGUUAGGAUGUCGACAAAUACAUAAACUCAUGGGUAAAGAUGUAUCUGCAGUUGUCAAGACUGAAACUUACACACGACGAAAAUUGCCAGGGGAGGGACGCAUUAUAAAGAUCAAAGUCCUACAAAACGGAUGUCUAUCACCUACACGGUUCUAUGGGCAUUGGGAGUUUAUCAAUGAUGCUGAAAAGAACCGGAAAAUUGUUCGUAGAUCAUAUGUCACGUAUAUGCAAAUAGACUACGAAUCUGUUGAGUAUUCUGGUGGUGAAGAUGAUGAAGGUGAAUCUUGUAAAGAAACGUUGCACACAUUAAUGACAGCAUUGAAUGAGCCGUACAACAUUCGCCACUACCAGCAUCUCAACGUAUUUCCACUGAUUGGUGAAUUGGUGAUUGCAAAAAAAAUUUCCAAAGUUGGAAGAUUUGUUUGGUUACGAGCCAAAGUGCGUGACGUACAACGGUUUGGCGAAAAAUCGUGUGAUGUAUUCCUAAUUGAUUUCGGGGAGACAAAUAGAAUUCCUCUCAGUGAUUUGCGUCGUAUGGAACCCAGAUUUCUACAUCUUCCUCCACAGGCUACUCAAUUUUGUAUAGCAGGAGUAGAAGAGUUAAAGGAGCAAUGGGGACCUAAUGAGUCACCGACAUCAAUCAUUUCCCAAUGGGAACACAAAAUUAUUUUUGGAACAGUUACCAAAAGAAAUGAAGACUAUGUGGAGGUUGAUUUGAAGGAUGAAAACGGUCAGAGUAUUCGUCAUAAACUUCACCAAACUGGGAAGUACCGUCUAGUAGCUAUCGACGUCGACAGUCAAAAGACGGGUUGAUUCUCACCGCUUCCAAUCAAGAAUUAGCCUGAGAAUUUUAUUCCCAACACUAAUUCUUGACAAUCAAUUUAACUUGACUUUUCAACUUUAAGGAAUUGACUAUUUAAAAAGAUGUAGAUAAAUAAAUUGGUUAAGAUUUUGUUUAAUUUUUCUAUCUUGAUAUUCAAUUUAAUAAAACGUUUGAUAAUA